AUGCGGUUGAAUGGCCGAGUGGUUUCAUACCAGACGAGCAUGCUCGAGCAGGGGCUGGGUGUUUUGAACCAGAACUUGCAGUCCUGAAGCACCUUUUCCUCUGCCAUCACCAUGUAGCCCCUCGCUUCCUUACCUCUGCCCACCUGCUUUUAAAGUAAUAUCAUCACGUUCGCAGCACAGAUCUGUUAAAAAUGAUGACAAGAGGCUGGCCAGAGUCUUAAUUUUGCCCGCUUUUCUGAAAACUGCAGGGAGUUUUUCCUUUCCAUUUAAUAUGAUUAGACGCAGCAAUAUGAUAAAUUUUUUCCCCCGUUGCUCUGAGAUAAAAAAAUCACUCCUUCCCACCUUUAAAACAAUAAAAAUUGAACUAGUUAUUUAGAGAAAAAAAAAAAAAACAAAACCCAACGGCCAUGAGCUGCUUGCUUUUUGGUCUUUCGGUGUGACACCAAAGUGACGUCGGAAAGAGGAAGCGCCGGAGAGCUGGAGUGGCGGCGGGCGAUGCCGCGCUGCUGCUGGCGUCUCUGCGCCCGCUUAUCGCUCAACUUCACCCAUCUUGUGGGUCAGCUGCCUCCCAGAGCAGAGGCGCGGCGGUCCUCUCCCCAGGCUCCAGGGGGGCUCCGGGAAUAGCUGCCCCCGCCCUGGCAAUGCCGGGAUUUCACGCUGCUGGCUCCGUCCCACGGACUGACAUCCCAGCACAGCGUGUCACCUCAUUUCUGGAGACUUUGCAGGGAAUUUAGUUCAGAUCCAGACUGCAGCGGCAUCGGUCGAUCCCCGUGUGACUGCCCCGCAGCGCGCUCUCUGCACCAGCAUCUCGUGUUAAACAAGAAAACUCCACAGCCCCUGUGACAGCAAUAAGUGUCCUUGGGAGUUCCUAAAGAUCAAAAAGAAGGUGGGAACAGAGAACCAAAGAAACCCCGACAGACAAUAUUGUGUUUCUUCAGAGCUUGAGAUAUUUUUGAAGCCCCCCGUGGCUCCAGCGCGCGGCUCCCUGAGAUGUUCCUGAGAGCUGAAGGCCAUGCAGCUACGUCGACGCUGAAGAAGAUCGCUGCAGACAUGAGCAACAUCAUUGAGAGCCUGGACACCAGGGAGCUCCACUUCGAGGGGGAGGAGGUCGACUCAGAGGUGCUAAAUGACCCAAAGGGUGCCGCGUGCAUUCCCUUCUCUGCCAUCUACCACACUCAUGGGUUCAAAGAGCCGGGCACGCAGACGUACCUCACGGGAUGUCCUGUCCGAGUGCGUGUGUUGGAAGUUGAACGCUUUACUUCCACAAAGAAGGUACCAAGCCCCAAUGUUUACACCAUCGAGCUGACCCAUGGAGAGUUCACCUGGCAGGUGAAAAGGAAGUUCAAGCACUUCCAGGAGUUUCACAGGGAGCUGCUGAGGUACAAAGCCUUUGUGCGCAUCCCUAUCCCUACCCGGAGUCACACGGUGAGAAGACAAUCCAUCAAAAGGGGAGAGCCGAGGCAGAUGCCGAGCCUGCCGCACACGUCGGAGAGCACGGUGCGGGAAGAGCACUUCUCCAGCAGGAGGAAACAGCUGGAAGACUACUUGACAAAGAUCCUAAAAAUGCCGAUGUACAGGAACUACCACGGAACAAUGGAGUUCAUUGGAGUAAGCCAGCUGUCAUUCAUCCACGACCUGGGACCAAAGGGCAUAGAAGGGUUGAUCAUGAAGCGCUCCGGGGGCCACCGCAUACCUGGCCUGAACUGCUGCGGCCAAGGAAGGAUGUGCUACCGAUGGUCCAAAAGGUGGCUGGUGGUGAAGGACUCUUUCCUGCUGUACAUGAAGCCGGACUCGGGGGCCAUCUCCUUUGUCCUGCUGGUAGAUAAGGAAUUCAGCAUUAAGAUUGGCCAGAAAGAAACAGAAACUAAAUACGGGUUGCAGAUCGACAAUCUCUCUAGGUCGCUGAUUUUGAAGUGUAACAGCUACAGACAUGCCCAGUGGUGGAGGCAGGGCAUAGACGAGUUCGUGCGGAAACACGGCAAGGACUUCCUCACGCAGCAUCGCUUCGGCUCCUACGCGGCCGUGCAGGAGAACACGCUGGCCAAGUGGUAUGUAAAUGCUAAGUCCUACUUUGAAGAUGUCGCAAAUGCCAUGGAAGCUGCUAAGGAGGAAAUUUUCAUCACGGAUUGGUGGCUGAGCCCAGAAAUCUUCAUGAAACGACCCGUGGUGGAAGGAAAUCGCUGGCGGCUGGACUGCAUCCUGAAGCGGAAAGCACAACAAGGAGUGAGAAUUUUUGUUAUGCUGUACAAAGAGGUGGAGCUUGCCCUAGGGAUCAACAGCGAAUAUAGCAAGCGGACGCUCAUGCACCUCCAUCCCAACAUCAAGGUGAUGAGACACCCAGACCACGUGUCCUCCUCUGUGUACCUCUGGGCCCACCACGAGAAGCUCGUCAUUGUUGACCAGUCGGUGGCGUUUGUGGGCGGCAUCGACUUGGCGUAUGGCAGGUGGGAUGAUGACGAGCAUCGCCUGACCGACGUGGGCAGCGUGAAACGAAUGGUGGCAGUGAAGUCGGUGUCGACAACCAACCUGGCAUCUGCAGCAGAGUCGUCUGAACGUGUCCCCCUGCAGUCGCAAGCUCUGUGCCCAGAAAGCCACUUGUUACAGAGAAAUGCGGAUGAUGCCCCAGACCUAUCAAAAAUGAAAGGAGUAGGAAAACCCAAAAAGUUUUCGAGGUUCAGUAUUUACAAGCAUCUCCAUAAACACGGCAUGCACCACGCGGACAGCGUCAGCAGCAUAGACAGUGAAUCAAGUUACUGUAACCCCACUAGAAGUCAACCGAAUAUAAUCCAGAGUUUAAAGCCCCAUCUGAAAAUGUUCCAUCACCACACUGAAUCCAAACAGGGGCUCGCUGAGCCUCAGGAGGAUAAAGGAUCCAUCCGCAGCUUGAAGACGGGUGUUGGCGAGCUGCUUGGGGAAACCAGGUUCUGGCACGGAAAAGACUAUUGCAACUUCGUCUUUAAAGACUGGGUUCAACUUGACAAACCUUUUGCUGACUUCAUUGACAGAUACACCACCCCGAGGAUGCCCUGGCACGACAUCUCCUCCGUGGUGCAUGGCAAAGCGGCGCGUGAUGUCGCCCGACACUUCAUCCAGCGCUGGAACUUCACCAAGAUUAUGAAGCCCAAAUACCGAUCCCUGUCCUACCCAUUCCUGUUGCCAAAAUCUCAGCAAACGGCUAAUGAGUUGAAGUACCAGGUGCCCGAGGCUGUUCAUGCCACGGUCCAGGUGAUCCGUUCUGCUGCUGACUGGUCGGCUGGCAUUAAAUACCACGAGGAGUCCAUCCACGCCGCCUACGUCAGCGUGAUAGAAAACAGCAAGCACUACAUCUACAUCGAAAACCAGUUCUUUAUUAGCUGUGCCGAUGACAAAGUUGUCUGGAACAAGGUCGGCGAUGCGAUUGCUCAGAGGAUCCUUAAAGCUCACAGGGAAAACAAGCGUUUCCGAGUGUACGUGGUGAUCCCGCUGCUGCCUGGGUUUGAAGGGGACAUUUCGACCGGCGGGGGGAACGCGCUGCAGGCCAUAAUGCACUUCAACUACAGGACCAUGUGCCGAGGAGAAAACUCGAUCCUGGGCCAGCUGAAGGCAGAGGUUGGAGAUAAGUGGAUCAACUACAUAUCAUUCUGUGGACUUCGAACACACGCGGAGUUGGAAGGAAAGCUAGUCACAGAGCUCAUCUACGUUCACAGCAAACUGCUUAUUGCUGAUGACAACACAGUUAUAAUCGGCUCUGCCAACAUCAACGACCGCAGCAUGCUUGGCAAGCGGGACAGCGAGAUGGCCAUCAUCGUGCAGGACACCGAGACUGUCCCCUCCGUGAUGGACGGGGAGGAAUACAGCGCUGGGAAGUUCGCCCAGUCCCUCCGGCUGCGGUGCUUCAGGGUUGUCCUUGGCGGCUCCGAUCUCAGUCCAGAACACCAGGAUCCUGUCUGUGACAAAUUCUUCAAGGAGGUGUGGAUUUCUACAGCAGCUCGCAAUGCCACCAUCUUCGACAAGGUUUUUCGAUGCCUUCCCAGUGACCAGGUGAAUAAUUUAACCCAGCUGCGCGAUUUCAUCAACAAGCCCAAAUUAGCGAAUGAUGAUCCUGUGAAAGCAGCAGAAGAAUUAAAAAAGAUUCGUGGGUUUUUAGUGCAAUUCCCCUUCCGUUUUCUGGAGGAAGAGUACUUGCUUCCCUCCGUCGGAACAAAGGAGUCCAUGGUACCCAUGGAGGUUUGGACUUAAGAAAGAUGCAAACUGCUUUACUUUUUAAAGUCUGGUUCUCUAGAGACAAGCUGAUGAGCGAUAUGGGAUUUUGAAAAGCUUUUUAUUGCUAAGGGAGGCAAAAAAAAGAUCUCCACCAAGCUAACGUGCCUUUCUUAAGGAUUUUGGUGGAAGAACUUGAAGCAAAUCAACACUAGCAAAGGAGAGGAGCAGAAAGACUUGGAAAUUAUGGCAAAAGAGAAGUUUAUCCUCCGAGGAGUUACUUCUUAAGACAUGUUCUGGGCACCUAAAGGAUGCAGGCCACUUCCUAGGAUAGGAGACAAAUCCCAAUCGAUGUUACUGCUGCGAGCUGUGUACUGUGGUUGCAUACGUACCGUGAUCGUGCUGUGGCUGCGCAGGAGUCGUGGGCUGCGUGUGCUUCUAAGGCUUUCGGGUGUCCGUGCGAUGGCUCAUCGGAGUCCCCCAGCACCCCUUCAUACGCCGUCAGAGCACAACAUGUACCUCUGGCGCUGUCGGGAAGUGCUGCCUUGGGCUGUCCUGCCAUCACAGCUUCCCAAGUGUAGGUGUUUCAUGUCUUACAUGGAAAAGGACUAACAAUCUUGUAUCAGAAUCAGCAUUUCGGUCUCUUCUCCCCUCGGGGGGAAUAACCCCCCUGUUUGUACCACAGCUGGAGCAAUCAGCAGUCCUCAUGCCCUGCAUGGUGCUGCCUGGGUCUUGGCAAAGGGCAACUUGGAUGGAGCCGGAGGUGCUGGAGAUCACGGGAGCUCGCUGGCCUUUGCCAACACGCAGCACAUCAGUUUGUUCAAACUGCGGUUGAAGGCUUUCUUCAGGAGAGGAUCAUGGUUUAAACUCAAGCCUUAGCUCCCUGGAGCUGAAGGAAAGCAAAGCUCUGCAUGUGAUGGGACAGAAACUCAAAAGCCAGCAUGGGCCAAACUAAGCCCUGCGCUCUGGGUCCUCCAUUCAUGCAUUUUGUUGCAGUACAUAGGUAGACUUUUCUUUCCGUCUCUUCCCUCUCUAUUUAAAGGAGUGAAAGGCCGUUAAGCUAGAGCAGAAGCCAUGCUCAAACUGAGCUGACAUGUCGCUUUGUAGGUGGGGUGAAAGGAAGGGGGAAAGGGGAUCAGUUAGCAAAGCCUUGCCUCCGGUCUACUUUGUUAUUAGACCAGUCACAGUCUUGAGCUCAGCCAUGCGGGAUGUGUCUUCCCAAGCACAGGUAAAACUCGGCAUGCCCAGUCCUGUUUUCCAUUUCUGUAAGACAGUUUCCAAAGCUAUCGUGCAUCUCGCUGUGCAGCGAAGUAGCAGUUCGAUUCGGCAUCCCUGGGUGGAACACUACUGCUCCGGGGUCAGGACCUCGCGUGGUGGGUGCCGUCCUGUGUCUUUACACCAUCCUCCAUCCCGCAAUGAGCUGUGUCUCCCGAUUCCAGCUGCAGUCCCGGGAGAGGUAUUCUCCAGCACGCAGCAGGGCUGAGGUGAACAUUGAGAGACCAGACGGUUAGAAAUGGCUGAGAGCUGGAUGGGGAGAAGCAGGAGGCUGAGCUCCUCUGCCGCCACUGUGUCCGGGGGAAUCCCUUCGCUGGCUGAGCUUAACCAUGUGCCCAGCUCUCCCUGGUAAAAAGACCAGGUGAACUGGUAUUUACUUUAAUGCACAAACAGGUUUCUUUUUUCCUUUUUUUUUAGCUUUUCCAACAGUCUCACCUGUUUUUCACAGAAUCACAGAAUGGUUCGGGUUGGAAGGGACCUUAAAGACCACCCAGUUCCAACCCUCCCACCAGACCAGGUCGCUCAGAGCCCCGUCCAGCCUGGCCUUGAACCCCUCCAGGGAUGGGGCAGCCACAGCUUCUCUGGGCAACCUGGGCCAGGAGCUCACCACCCUCACAGGAAAUAAUUUCUUCCUGAUAUCUCAUCUAAAUCUCCCCUCUUUCAGUUUAAAACCAUUCCCCCUCGUCCUAUCGCUCCACUCCCCAGUGAAGACCUGGGACAGGAUCACACUGGUUGCCCGGCUGUCCCCAGAACGGAGCUGCCACCACGGUUUAGCUGAUUUGCCUUCUGUGUCGUCAGACCUGUAAAUAGGCACUGGGUAAUUCCGUACCUGCUGCAUCACCUGAGCAAGUGACCACCCCAGACGUCCCUGCAGGGCAGCCCGAGUCUCAGCCCCUUCCUGCGCUUUCCACUCUUUUACACUCGUGUUUUGUAGAUGCAGUUGCCAGUUACAUUCUUUUCUGGCUGGUGCGUCCGUGGUCUGGUUAGCCUGUUGGAAGCGCAUGUGCAGCAUUUUACGUGAUGCUCUUUGGUCCAGGGUGUUGAUGCUUUUAGCUGGUGUGCUGUAAGCUCUUGUUCCCUUGAUUUUUAUUUUUUUAUUUUUUUUUUUUUUCCCCUUAAAAAAAUUGACCUGGGGUCACCCCCUGCGGAGCCAGAGCAAUAUGUGACCCGACCGUUCGCAAUCAAGAAAGAUCAAAGGGGUCUUGUUAUUUUAUGUCAGUGCUGGUUCAGAACUUUUAUCUCUUGAUAUGUUUUUAGCUGUUUUAGUUUGAACAAAGCUGCUAACUUUAAACGAUUAUAGCCUGUCAGAGAAUCAUUGUAAGUCACGCAGAACUGUAUUCAUCCUUUAAAAGGAAGCGUUCAUCCCUGCCACCCAUACACGAGAACCUUGAAGAAGUGCAAGGCUCCUGUCGUCUUCUAAGUGCUCUUAUUGUCCCUAUUGCCAUAUUAUCAGAGAUUCUUAUCAUUGUUAAAUUACCCUUAUAUUGUCUUUUAAGGUGGUUGGUAGCUAAUUACUGGGGCUUUGCAACUGCAGUGGCGUUAAGUCCCCCUCUGCCAGGCAGCUUUUUGAAAGCCCAGGUUUCUCUUUGCUGAGAAACCACCCGGGUCCUGCAGCACGCAGCCCACCCUGUGGUGGCCGCUGGUCCCAGGUGACACAGCAGAGCCGCAGAGGAAAGGUUUCAUUGAAUAGACCAGGUGCUAAUUAAGAAGGUCUUUUAUUACAGUAGCAGAGGGGCCUCACGUGGGUGCUCUCUCUGGGAGGAGGUUUCUUUUGGUGGGAACAGAGGGGCCGCGCUGAACGUUCCUUCCCUGUGUUGGCGCUACGUUCCGAACACCAGGAAUUUAGUAGCGUUCAAAUGCAAGGUGUGCAAGGCAGGCAGCCUGGGGGGCAGUGAGUGAGAGCCUGGCAUCCCCAGGGGCUCGUGGGGCCACUGACCGCCCCCCCGUGAGUACAACGCUGCUCAUCCCAGAGAGGUUAUGGGACUGGAGCCACCUCCGGUGAGGGCACGACUCUUGUUCGCACCAGCGAGCUGGCUCCUUGGGAUUUAUUUCUUAUAUUAAGAAGCCCGAGAGGUUGAACACCUGGAGAGAGUUAAUUUCUGCACCUAAACAAUCACUACUUCUUAGUCCGCAAUACCAGGAUGGGUUUAUUUUUAAUACCUUCAAACUGGAGAGGAUCGCUCGCAAAUGCACAGUACUGUAACAAGCGAUGUGGAUUCAAGCACUAUCAAACCUGGAAACAUGAACUGUUUCCUGUGGCAUUUAUUUGUUAGAACGAUAGGAAAUAAGAUAACUUCUCCCCAGCUCAGGCUUUAUUUUGUAGUUCAACCUGAGUAGAAACUUUUUUUUUUCCCCCCUUUAAUUUAUUCCAUAACAUGUGCCACUUUGAGAACUCGCACUCCUUACCGUAUCUUUUUAAUAUUCUGAUAUUUUAAAAUGUGUGGUUUAUUGUGUAGAUGUUGGACUGGAUAAAUAUUUCACUUUAUGGUUUAAAAUUAAUGCAUGGUUUAAAAAAUGAGGGCUAAAAUGUCACCCUGUGUAAGAACUUUACUUAAAAAUAACUUGUAGGAGAACUACUGCAGUGCUCCGUGGCAGAUGCAAAGUGCUUGGCUCAGUUUCUGGUCUCUUGGUCUCGGUUUGUCGCCUGACUUGAUGUGACCUUCGCUGGAUUAAACCCCAAACACUCCAUUUUCCUUUCUUUCGAUCAGGUUUCGCAACACGAUUUCGCAAUCCUGGUGCUGUCCCUGGGGGAGACCUCAGUGCAGGUUUUGCCUAGCUGGGACCCUGACAUGAAUAAUUUACGAUGUCUUUAUUCCUGCCACGGAAACAUCCGUGUACAAUCAAGCUCAGACGUGGUUUGCUGUCGUUAUUUCAGUGUGACACUUGUAGUUGGGAGAGUCGGGGGGUGGUGGGGUGUAAUCUGUGGGCAGAAGCUGCGUUUGUGGGGACAUCGAAAUGAAAGUCUGAGUGGUCCUUUACGUUAAUGCCAUUUCCUUCUCCUCCUGCCGAAUGUAAAGACCCAAAUCCGCGCUGGUCUAAACUGACGCGCCUCCAUCAGCUGCAGAGCUGCUGCGCUGGGUGUCUGGCAGGUGCGGAGGAUGCAGCGGUGGCCGAGGGGAAGAAAGCAAGCGGUCUCCAGACCAGGUAUUUGGGUAGAGGUUGGCAUCUCUUGGGUGUUGACACCACAAGGUGUCAACACACCCUCGCGUUUUGUGGCGCUCCUUCCGCAAGUUGUGUCAAGCAAGCGGUCCCUUCUGCACGGCUGAGAUCCUGCUGGAACCGGGAGCUUUGCAGAGCGGAGGUUUAAACCGGGAGCGUAACGCCGUAGCAGCGAAUCAAGUUAAGCACGCAAAACUAAGGUGUAUCAAAGCGCAGCAGACCCACAAACCGUACAUCAGCCGUUGAACGCGAUGAUCCUCUUGGGGUUUCUCUUUCUUAUUUUUUUACUAUUAUUUCCUUGCCCGCUUUCUGUGUUUUCCAGUAUUUGUGGUUAUUCUGUUUUUAACCUCCUGGUGUGUUUCCAUAAAAUCUCCUCCAUGGAAAGAAUUCCAACUUACCUCUUUCCUGACACUCGGGGAAACGAGGAAAAAAAUGUGGAAAGUCACAGUUCCUGGGAAUGUUUGCGUUUGUUUUUUCUAAAUCGUGUCUCUAGCUCAACUAAUCAACAACAGGAGAGCUUCCACUUCGGGUGCGAGUGCAGGUCUCCGUGCGCCUCCGCCUUCCCAUGGUGCAGUUGUGAACACUGAAUAUCCCUUCUGUGAAGGCUGCUGGAAUUGAGUUUUGUAUCCCCGUUUCUGCUAACGAUCCGCUUUCCUUCCCACUCCGUUUGUAUCUGGUAAAUGAAUGUCUUAUUAAUGGACUGAAAAUACAACUGAUCAUCAUGUUGAAAAAUUUGGCUUUGGUCUCGU